GUGCAGUAUCUGCGUGGGAUGGGUGCUAGAGGCUGUCAUACACCAGUUGAAGCCAAACAAAACCAACUCUGUACCACCCGAUUCUAAACCACCUGAUAUGGACUGGAGCAUGUGAAAGGGAAUCUAAGCUUAAUGUGAUGCAGUCCUGUACAACUACUGGGAAGGGACCAUGUGUUUGACCAUGGUGACCCUGUGGGUGUGGAACUAGAUCCGAGGCAACUUGACAUGACUAACGGUGGAAUGCCGGUCAAAUCGAACAAACAAUCACAACAAUCACAACAAUCACAACAAUCACAACAAUCACAACAAUCACAACCGGCCCACCGAAAAAUAAUACUAGCAAGACAGAAAGCGAAUGAAAUGUACAGUAUGCCAGACCGAAAAGCAAAUAGAAAAAGCACCUGACCGUCAAAGUUCCAGAGCGAGGGUUAACUUACGUGGGUGUCUGUCCAUCGGCCCAUCUGCAGGGGCAAACACAAAAAAGAGGAGCCUCGGGAAUCUAGACCAGCCUUGAUGACAACUGUCCUAGCAUUUCCAUACGAAGUAGUUAACUAGUUUAACCAAUGGAUUUGUUGUAACUCG